GAAAUAACACUGAAGGUGAAAGGAGAAAAAAAAAAGGAGAAGGAAAGAAGAAAAGCGGACCCAAGAGUCGAUUUCAAUCUCACGGACUUUGAAUGCCAUUCACGUCUCGGUUGAAAUAAUCCAACAAACGCAUUUCAAAUCUCAACUCGCAGAAGGAGGAAAACCCAAAGAAAGAAGAAGAAAAGACUAUCAUCUUCUUCUUCUUUUUUACUAUUCCAGCUGCAGAUUUCUUUCACUUCUACCAUCCAAUCCCAAAACCCUUUUCUGGGUUUUCGGAAACAUGUCUGCAGAAUCGAGCUCUGCUUCAGCAGACGGUCAUAUCAAGGGAAUUCCCACUCAUGGAGGCCGAUACAUUCAGUACAAUGUCUACGGGAAUCUGUUCGAGGUCACGAAGAAGUACGUCCCGCCGAUACGGCCCGUCGGGAGAGGGGCCUAUGGCAUUGUUUGUGCUGCGAUGAAUGCAGAGACUCAUGAAGAGGUUGCAAUUAAAAAGAUCGGUAAUGCAUUUGAUAAUAGAAUUGAUGCCAAAAGGACAUUAAGAGAAAUUAAGCUUCUCCGCCACAUGGAUCAUGAAAAUGUCAUUGCCAUCAAGGACAUCAUACGACCUCCGCAGAGGCAGAACUUCAAUGAUGUAUACAUUGUUUACGAAUUAAUGGACACCGAUCUUCAUCAGAUAAUACGCUCUAACCAGCCAUUGACUGAUGACCAUUGCCAGUAUUUCCUGUAUCAGUUAUUACGAGGACUGAAGUAUGUACACUCGGCAAAUGUCUUGCACCGUGAUCUUAAGCCCAGCAACUUGCUCCUAAAUGCGAAUUGCGACCUUAGGAUAGGAGACUUUGGACUGGCAAGGACGACUUCCGAAACAGAUUUUAUGACUGAGUAUGUCGUGACACGCUGGUACCGGGCCCCAGAGCUGCUUCUCAAUUGUUCGGAGUACACUGCCGCAAUCGAUAUUUGGUCGGUUGGUUGCAUACUUGGUGAAAUCAUGACCCGCGAACCUCUAUUUCCAGGCAAAGACUAUGUUCAUCAACUGAGACUUAUCACAGAGCUUGUAGGUUCACCUGAUGACUCAAGCCUUGGGUUUCUCCGAAGUGAUAAUGCCCGAAGAUACGUAAGACAGUUGCCUCAGUACCCGAAGCAGCAAUUUUCUAUGAGAUUCCCCAAUAAGUCACCUGCAGUAGUUGAUUUGCUGGAGAAAAUGCUCGUGUUUGAUCCCAACAAGCGCAUUACAGUUGACGAGGCGCUAUGUCACCCAUAUCUGCAAUCUCUUCAUGAUAUCAAUGACGAGCCCAUAUGCCCGAUGCCAUUCAAUUUUGAUUUCGAGCAGCCAUCAUUCACUGAAGAAAACAUCAAGGAGCUCAUAUGGAGAGAAUCCGUGAAGUUCAAUCCAGACCCAGCACACUAGGAAAAUCUUGCUAAUCAGGUUCUGUUAUGGGAUGAUGCUGAUCAGUGAUGCAUCUCUGUCUUCUCCCUUGGCCCACUUUGCAAUUGGGGUUGCAGUGUAUUAUGUAUAUGGUGGAC